AUGUCUGCUGCAGUCAAGUGGGAUGCCCGUUAUGCAACCGCUGUUCCGCAUGACAACGUAUACUAUGCAAAGUGCUUCAUGUCAGGCAUCCUCGCCUGUGGGUUGACACAUAGCGCUAUUACGCCACUCGAUGUGACAAAGUGUAGUAUGCAGGAAAGUGUCAACCCUGCCAAAUACCGCGGUCUCAUCCCUGGUCUUCGUACCAUCGUGGCCGAGGAAGGUGCCCGGGCUGUUUGGAAAGGACUGGUUCCAACAGCUAUCGGAUACUCUGCUCAAGGAGCUUUCAAGUUUGGUCUCUACGAGUAUUUUAAGGACUUUUACUCCAAUUUGGUUGGAGAAGAGAAUGCGAAAAAGUACAAGCAACUCAUCUGGUGUGCGGGUUCGGCUUCAUCAGAGUUCUUUGCCGACAUUGCAUUGUGUCCUAUGGAGAUGACAAAAGUCAAAGUGCAGACAUCUCCUGCAGGAACCUUCCCGACGGCGUUCGCCCCCGCACUGAGGGAAAUGGUCGCCAGACGGGCGGAAACGCGCUUCCCCUUUGGCUCUCUGGUGCCGCUGUGGGGUCGACAAAUCCCCUACAAUGUCUCCAAGUUCUUCUUCUUUGAGCAGAUCGUGUCGUCCUUCUAUACAUACGUCCUGACAGAGCCGAAGGACUCUUACUCCAAAACCACACAGCUGGGAGUGACCUUCACCUCUGGAUACCUUGCCGGUGUGAUCUGUGCCUUAGUCUCGCAUCCCGCGGACUCGAUCGUGUCCCUCAUGGCCAAGCCCGACAACAAAGGGAAGAGCGUUGGGCAAAUCGCCCGCGAGACGGGAAUGAAGAGACUGUUGACUGGGGGCCUUGGUACCCGUGUGCUCAUGAUUGGAACCUUGACGGGUCUCCAAUGGUGGAUUUAUGAUACCUUGAAGACGGCAAUGGGCAUGGGCACAACAGGUGGUGCGGAACCCAAGAAAUAG